UUGCGACCGUUUUCGUCCCUCUCGGCUUGCCGUACCUGACGUACCGAGUGGGAGGGAUCUGUCGCUUCGCUUAGCUACUCCUGAAAGUUUGCGGAAGUUUGUACAGCUGAAGUUGAAGUCAACUAUCAAGAGGGUAAACCUUGAAAGAACCGUGUUGUUUUUUUUCUUUUUGUUUAUUUUGUUUUGGCCUAAAUAGAUGGACCUCAGUUCAGAGAAAAUACAGCGGAGCCUCUCCAAGUACAAAUUCCAUGAUGUUGCUGUCGAGGAGCUGCAGAAAAUCCAUCGAAUCUACCCCGGGAUGAAACCUGCCACAGGCACAUACACGUUCAGUGACAGCACCCAGAAAGAGCUCCUGAAAUUAACCGGUAACGUCCCUGUCAAGUAUGGAGGUCGCACCUACAACUUCCCCAUUCAGCUGUGGCUGAUGGACUCCUUCCCCUUCACCCCUCCCAUAUGCCUCGUGAGACCGACCCCCAACAUGGUCAUCAGAGAGGGCAAGCAUGUGGACGCCAGGGGGCGGAUCUAUCUGCCGGGGCUACACAACUGGGAUUACGUAAGGCUUGACACUUCAUGGGGGGGGGAUUUUAAAUUGCGGGCAUACCCGGUCCUGCGGUGUUCUCACCAGUUUCUCGCCCCCCCCAAACAGCCCAAGUCGUCCGUGGUGGGUCUUCUGACCGAGAUGAUCGCCAAGUUCGAGGAGGAUCCCCCGCUGUCCUCAAAGACCACAGGGGACAACAGAGACCCCCACGAGCUUCUGGCAUUUGUCUCCAGCCUCCAGAUCAGUGACGGUGGAAUCAGACAUCACGAUCAGCCGAUCGACAAAGUCUCGGUUAUCGGGGGAGGAGAUUUGGGAAUGGCCUCUGUGAUGAGCAUUUUGGCUAAGUGUAAAGUGGAUAAACUGGUUUUCAUCGAUGUCGCCGAGAGCGCCACCAAGGGCGGCAGCACAGACUUGGAGAUUUUCGGCCUGCCGAGGGUCGCGGUGUCCAGAGAUGUGGCGGCCUCCGCGGGCUCCAGAGUCGUCGUGGUCACUUCCAACGCUUGGAGCAGCGAGCAGUCGUACGUGCGCGUGGUUCAGACCAACGUGGACUUGUACAGAGGAAUCAUCCCGAACCUGGCGCGACUCAGCCCCACCGCCGUGAUGCUCAUCGCUUCACAACCAGUCGACAUCAUGACCCACGUGGCCUGGAGGCAGAGCGGCCUGCCUCCGACGAGGGUGAUCGGAGCAGGGUGCAACCUGGAAUCCGAGCGACUCAGUCACAUUCUGGACAUUAACAUGAACACGCACAAACCAGCCUGGGUCAUAGGAGAACUCUCGGACAACAAAGUUGCUGUGAUGAGCAGCGCCGGGCCGAGCUCCGGUGCGCAGCCGGGGAUCGCCCCAGGACCCAGCACUACCAAGCCACUGUUAGACAGAGCGUUUGAGAUGAUGAAGAAUCGAGGCCAGAGGUCGUGGUCUGUGGGUCUGUCAAUCGCCGACAUCACAAACAGUAUCCUGACAGAUAAAAUGAAGACCCACUCGGUCUCCACCCUGGCACAGGGCUGGGGUGGUAUAGACGCGGAGGUGUUCCUCAGCCUGCCGUGCAUCAUGGGAUCGAAAGGUUCCACACGCCUGGCCGGAGCGUCACUGGGGCAGGAAGAAGACUCCAAAAUUAGGGACAGUGUCACGUCCCUUUCCAGCCUCUUGAGUCAACUCAGGAUAUGAGGGAUAUGAUUGUACUCCCAGUUUGUGGCUUUACUGAGCAGCCCGGGAGUAGGCAGUUCUCCGCUAACACACCCUCAGCAGACAGACAGUGCAUGAGCCUAAAUUCAAUGCAGUUUCAGUUGGCUACUUAGAGGAAUUUUGAAGUUAAAGGACAGUAUUUCUGUCUUAAAUAUGUCUAAUUUAAUCAUUAGAUUUCCCAGUGCAUUAAAUGUGGUUGGAAAAAAAAAAAAUCUGAAACAUUAAUGUAAAGAUUGCAUUUUUUUUUUGUAUUUCAAUUUACCAGGACUAUUAACAUGUUCCAAAUUUCCAAAUUGGAACCUGUUACAUGAAUGUAUGUAAUUCUUUUUGAAAGCUGUAAAAAACUCUAUGCAAAAGCAUCUUAAGAAUAACGAUGCUUGUAGUUUUCAACAACCGGAUUUUUGUCAACAGUUCAAUUUGUAUGUGAUAAUGGAAUUAUUUUUUCUACUAACCCCAAACUAAUUCCUUUUGGAGAAAAUCAAGGUAUAAGUAGAUCUAAUAUGAAGCAUGUGUAUUAGAUGCCGCACGUGGUGCUGUUAUUGAAGAAAUACUGUGUCACUGAUGAAGUACAGCUUGUAUAUUUUAAUAGCCUCAUUUGUGGUCUUAGUAGUGUUUACAUAUUUAAUGAUGAAAUGAAAAAGCUUUUUAAAUACCUUUUAAUAUUUAAAUGGCUUUUUCUCUUACUUUUUCUUUUGUGUAAAGAUGUUGCACAGCUAAAACUUCACUGUAUGUACAGGGAAAAAAAAGGAUUUUGUGGGUGUGCAAUAAAUAUCCGACACCAGA